AUAUCCGGGAUAGUGAAGGCAGUGUUUUGGCCCGUCAUGUGACCCUCCUUGGCCUUGGACAAAUGUCUUACGAUGGCAGUGCUGGAAAAGCCGUGGGACAACAAAGUGGGAAUCCAGCAGCAGCACAGCGUAGAACUAGAAAGAGACGGCGUGGUGUUGAUUCACAGAAGGAAGUGACCGUAGGCCUUCCUGAUUAUGUCAAACCAGCACUCGACAUACUGUUUGUAAGCUCUGUUUAUCGAAAUCUCUGUGGGGUUGGAAUCAAUCCUGGUGUUACCUCUGCAUCAGUAGGCCAUCACUAUGCUAAAUCAUCAAAUCAUUUCUGGCCUUGUCUUUAUGAAUCUGGUCUUAUCCCUGAAAAACUGUUGUACAAAGACGAUGCUCGUUGUUUGGAUUAUAGCAUUGGUCUUACAAAUAUGGUGGCAAGAACCACUCGAGGCUCAUCUGACUUGUCCAGAGAAGAAAUGAGAAUGGGAUCCGAAGAAUUGAAACAGAAAGUGCAAGAUAUUCAACCAAAGAUAGUGUGUUUUAAUGGCAAAGGAAUUUUUGAAGUGUUCACAGGAAAGAAGUGCAAAUUGGGACAACAAUCAGAACUUUUUCCAGGAACCAGUGCGGUAGUAUACGUGAUGCCGUCGUCGUCGGCGAGGACUGCAUCUCAUCCGAGAGCAUCGGACAAAUUAGAAUUUUUUAGGGAGUUGAAGCAACUGAGAGACAAGAUGGCCAGCUCGUCUUAGUUAUUUAUUAAUUAAAGCUGUACUAAUUAAUUGAUUAAUUAAGUAAAAACUUUGCGAAUAAGUCUGUUGCGUACAGUUGUUGAUUGAACGGUAUAUUUUGACGAAUUCUAAUCAUUUUAGUAUCG